UAAUCUUUUGUUAAUUAACCCAAGCUAGUGAAGUGUAAGUGUAAGUGUAACCUUUGCGUUCGCGAGAGAUAGCGACGUCUUCGUCGUCGUCACCGCCAUGGACCAGCAGGAGGACUACACUAGUGAUCUGCAGCUUGAGCUCGAGGAAGAAGAAGACGAUAACCAACUUAGCCAGCUCGCGGAGCUCGACGUGCAGCUCUCGCUGUCGCUGGCGUGCGGCUCGACGACGGCGAUGUCAUCGUCCGGCGAUGAGGAGGACGCGGAGCCACGGCGUCGCCGGCGGGACGAGGAGGCGGCGGCGGCGGCGUUCGAGUGCCGGACGUGCGGGCGGCGGUUCCCGUCGCACCAGGCGCUCGGCGGCCACCGGACCAGUCACCUCCGGCCCACUACCAACAAGCGGCGGCCCGGCCCGUCCAAGCCUCUAAUCCACGCGUGCGAGGUGUGUGGGUUGGGCUUUCAGAUGGGCCAGGCCCUAGGUGGCCACAUGAGGAGGCAUCGGCCUAGAAAUAUUGAUCUGGGCCAUAAGCAGAUCGUCAUGCCAGAAAUUCGGCCCAGUUCCUCCCUGCAGCUGCUUGAUCUCUUCGUUUAGAUACACUCAAUAUACAGUGGUUUAUGUGCUGUGUGCUAUAGUACCGUACUGUCUUGCAGUAUACUACAGCGAAAAAAAACUUACAGCCAUUUAGUACAAAAAAUAUUUAGGAAUCAAUAAAACAGAUACAAUGUUUAGCCUAUGACAAUGUGGAUGCACUACUUAAUAAACUUUUUUUUUCUACCAAGUUAGUAUUUGUGAUAAGCUUCCCUUCCUCGCGCGCACUGAUGACUCAGAAACACGCACGCAAGCACGAAUUGAAGUUUUAGUCAGUAGUAGGAUUUUGUUUGGUCAAGGUACCGCCCCUGCCUCAAAUCAAGCAGAUGAAC